AUGAUUUCUCGUUAUGUUGAAGAGCAUCUCAAUCCCCAAGGCGUAGGGGACGCUCGACCAACUGCCCUACAGAUUAUCGAAGACGAGGGUGCUGUAGGCGCUCUUUCCGGAAAGGCGGUUCUUAUCACUGGCUGCUCAGCCGGCAUUGGAGUCGAAACUGCCAAAGCUAUGUACCGUUCAGGUGCAACACUGUUUCUUACAGCUCGCGAUCUGAGCAAAGCUCAAACCGCUCUUAACGACAUCCUUCAGAGCAACCGUGUGCAUCUUUUAGAAAUGCACCUCGAAUCUUUAGCCAGCGUGCGAGCCUGUGCAGCCAACUUUUUGUCGAAAAGCAGAACGCUUAAUAUUCUCAUUUGCAAUGCGGGGAUGAUGACACCAUCAAAUCUUCAGACUCAAGAUGGCUUUGAGGCUCAUUUUGGGAUCAAUCAUCUCGCUCAUUUUCUCCUGUUCAAUUUACUUCAGCCUGCUCUUGAGGCUGGUGCAACGACAAAUUUCUCGUCGAGAGUCGUGAUGCUUUCUUCAGUCGCGCACCGAUUCUCAAAGUUGAACUUAGAAGACGUGAAUUGCGAGCAAAAUUACGACGGCAUGCUAGCCUAUGGUGCAAGCAAGACUGCCAACAUAUGGAUGGCGAAUGAGGUUGAGCGAAAGUACAGCUCACGUGGAAUUCAUGCUUGGAGUGUGCAUCCGGGUGCUGUUUUAACCGAGCUAGACCGCAAUCUGUCUGAAAAGGAGAGAGCUAUAGAUCAUGUCAAUCCGAUGAAGCAAAAAUUAGCCAAGACUCUUGGUCAAGGGGCUGCGACAACUGUUUGGGCUGCUACCGCUAAGGCCCUGGAGGGACAAGGUGGGGGAUAUUUAGAAGACGUUCAAAUUUCAAAGAUGUGGGAACCUUCGAAUGGUCAAUUUAGCGCAGGGUUUGCCUCAUAUGCAUUCGACACAACAAAGGCACAAGCCUUAUGGGAUAUAUCUUCAGAGCUUAUAGAGUUGUAA